UUAAUCACAAGAGGGUGGUGGGGGAAAAUCAUUUGUUCUUGGUUUCUUUUUUGCUUCUGAAUUUUUUAAUUCACAAAAAUUUAUUUGACUGCGUAAAAAGAUUAGAGAGAGAGAUAACGUUUGCAGAACGUGACAACAUUAAAAUAUUGAAAAAUUACAACAUUUAAUUAAAAUUUAAUCCAAUAAAGGAGAGCUUCCUUUACAUUCCCUCUGUACCAUCCUCUGUUUCUUUUUCUCUUUCUUGACAUGUUCGUGAUUGGUCCGAAACUGACUCCAAAAAAAUCAGACAAGACCCCACGAUGUUCGGGAUCCAAAGCAAAAGAGACUUAACAACCGAGCUCCAAUCCCAAAUCCCGAUCCUCCGCCCCAGCAUCCACGCCCGACGAGCCAACAUCGUCGUCAAGUUCCAAGACCUAUACGGCUUCACCGUAGAAGGAAACGUCGACGACGUCAACGUCCUAAACGAAGUCAGAGAGAAAGUGAGGAACCAGGGGCGUGUCUGGUGGGCUCUCGAAGCUAGCAAGGGAGCUAACUGGUAUCUCCAGCCGGAUAUUCUGUUGACCGGAGACGGUAUCGUGUCGAAGACGUCUCUGAAGAUCUCGGCUUUGAGUAAUGCGAUUACGCUGAAGAGGCUGAUCAGGAAAGGGAUACCUCCCGUGCUGAGGCCUAAGGUUUGGUUCUCUCUCUCCGGUGCUGCUAAGAAGAAGUCUACUGUUCCGGAGAGUUAUUAUGGUGAUUUGACUAAGGCUGUUGAUGGGAUGGUCACGCCUGCCACGCGGCAGAUUGAUCAUGAUCUGCCACGGACUUUCCCAGGCCAUCCAUGGUUGGACACUCCAGAGGGUCAUGCUGCUCUAAGGCGUGUGCUUGUUGGGUAUUCAUUUCGAGAUUCUGAUGUUGGCUACUGUCAGGGACUAAACUAUGUUGCAGCGUUACUGUUACUUGUCAUGAAGACAGAAGAAGACGCCUUCUGGAUGCUAGCAGUUCUUUUGGAAAACGUAUUAGUCCGUGACUGCUACACAACCAACUUGUCUGGUUGCCAUGUUGAGCAACGUGUUUUCAAAGAUUUGCUCUCCCAAAAGUGUCCUCGAAUAGCUACUCAUCUUGACGAUAUGGGCUUUGAUGUUUCCCUUGUAGCCACAGAGUGGUUUCUAUGCCUUUUUUCUAAAAGCUUGCCUUCCGAGGUUCUUUUUUUUAAAAAAAAAACACUACAUUGGAUACUUGUUCCACGCGCAGAGGAGACGAGCCUCGAGCCACGACACGACCAAUCUCUCUCUCUGUUAUGUUUUUUUAAUACUUCUUGUUGUUUGGAUAUUUGGAUUAUAUUAUUCGUCCGAGUUAGUGUGCUUAACCAAUGUACUGGUUUAUAUUAGCCGGUUUCUUCCGGUUUGAUAUUGAAAACUAAUGA